AUGAUAAGCGCAGCAAGAUGGCCAGCUGCUGGUCAACGCUGCAUGCUGCGUCAAUCGUUACAUAACAUCCCAGCGCUCAUUGUCCCCCAGUUUGUCCGCUGCGCAAGUCUAUCCUCUAUACAUCGAGGGCUAAAACGAUCCGAACGAGCGCAAUUUGGCGAGUCUCGUUCCUGGACGGCAACGCACGAUGACAGAAGUCACAGCUUUAGCCGAAUUGGGCGAACAACGAAGGCUUUAGACGGCGCUGCCUCUAAACGGCAACAGCAAAAACUUCGGAAGAAGCUUGAUCGCAAAGCUUCAGAAAUUGGUGACGAAGACGACGUUGGCAGGCAGACCAGGAGGAAGCGGUUUCUGGAUCCGGAAUUCUCUUUUGGGAAAAGAAGUCUGGUAUAUCAAUUGAAACAUGGCCUGCUGAAGGAUACAGCUGCCUCGCUAGAUUUGGAGCAACCGGUUCGGCCGCGACACUUCCACGGGAACGACAAAUUGCCUCGGCGAAAUUCUCGAGACUUACAAUCCUACUCACGGCCUCAAAGCCCGCAAAACCCGCAAAAACGACGGCCACGGAUAGAAAACCGCGAAGAUGGCCCUAUCGAGGAUGCCAUAGCGAAGCCAAGAAGGCGCGGCAUGUUGCCUAUGACUAUCACAUAUACUACUGCGGCAUCACAAUUCCUAUACGGACGAUCCGUUGUCAAGGCAGCGCUGCAACAAGGAAGGCGCCAACUCUACAAGCUAUACGUUUACGGCGGAGAGAACCGUAGAGGCGUCGAUGACAACGACGUCAUAAUAAACCUGGCGAAGGCUCGCGGUGUCCCCGUUACUAUUGUGCCUAACGAAGACCAGCGAUUAAUGGACAAGAUGAGCAUGGGCCGCCCACACAACGGAUUUGUUUUGGAGACAUCGCCUCUACCGCAGCUACCUGUGAAAGCCCUAGGCAGCUUGGAAGAGUCGCCCUCUAAGCUGGGGUUCCAUAUCGAGCUUGUGCAUCAAACCAUGGAACAAAAGGCCAUCAAUGGAGAGAAUACAUUUGUGCCCAAAGCGAAUAAUUCUGCGAUGAAGCCACUUGUACUUCUUUUGCAUGAAAUUUUGGAUCCCGGAAAUCUCGGUGCUCUACUCCGUACUGCAAGCUACAUGGGCGUUGACGCUAUCGGAAUAACUAGCCGCAACUCAUCAGCACUGACACCUGUGGUGCUCAAGUCGGCGGCAGGGGCAGCCGAAGAAGUCACCAUAUUCACAGUCGAUUCGCCAGUCGAGUUCCUGGAAGGUUCCAGAGCGGCGGGCUGGAAGACUUAUGCUGCAGUGGCGCCCCCAGAGUCGAAACUGCUCAAGAUUCAUGGCGACAAAUUCAUAUCGACGGACUUUGUGGAGCAGACGAGCCCCUUGGAUCAACACCCUUGUGUGCUGGUGCUCGGGAAUGAGGGGCAUGGUCUACCGAGACAAAUCAAGGUUGCUGCGGAUUUUGAGCUCUCGGUGCCCCGAUUUGUCCAGGGAAGCUCUGUGGACAGUUUAAACGUUAGUGUUGCUGCUGGAUUACUCUGCCACACAUUUGUGAAGGGCUCGGCGAGGAACAAGAACCGCGUGAACCAAAUCCCCGAAGCACAUUCGCCAAAGAGGAACGUGGCUGAAGAAACAAGCGAGCCUCUCUUCUGA